AUGGAUUCUGUCUCAGUCGAUAACCGGAGAGACUAUGCAGAAGACGAACUGGACAAAGUUGACCAGUCUCCUACUGGUAUCCAUGCUGGACUCCGCCGUAUUCCUGACAAAUUUCCACGUGUCGCACUACUAAUCCUUGUCGUCGAGCUUGGCGAACGGUUCACUUAUUUUGGCCUGAGUGGUCCCAUGCAAAAUUAUAUCAAUAAUCCUUAUGAUCCUGGUUCCGGUCUCCCUGGUGCACUAGGCAGAGGACAAGCAACCGCAUCGGCCCUUGGAAACUUCUUUAAAUUUUGGGCUUAUGCCUCUACUAUUAUCGGCGCGAUUGUUGCAGAUCAAUAUGUCGGGAAAUUCAAAGCCAUCACAAUCUCUCUGGGAAUUUACAUGGUCGGGUUGACAGUCCUGGUUGCCACUGCGACACCAGCUGGUCUUAAGAGCGAUGCUGGUUUCGGAGGGUUGGUUGCUGCAAUGGUUAUCAUUGGCCUGGGAACAGGAGGAAUCAAGGCCAACGUGACUCCCAUGUGCGCCGAGCAAUACCAGAAUGCAGAGCCCGUUUUGAAGACGCUCAAAUCAGGGGAGCGUGUGGUUGUUGAUCCUGAAUUGACCGUGCAGCGACUUUUCAUGUGGUUCUACUGGGUCGUCAAUGUUGGCGCACUUUCCCCCUUGAUUACAGUCAAUGUUGAGGCAAAGCACUCUUUCUGGCUUGCAUAUUUGAUCCCAUUGAUCGCAAUCAUUCUCUCGGCUAUCGUGUUCUUGUCCGGCCAGAAGCGAUAUGUUAAGGUUCCUCCCCAGGGGUCUGCUAUUAUAGAUGCAUGCAAGGUCUUGAACAUUGUCCGACAGGAGAAGCAUUUCGAAGACGCAAAGCCAUCCGCUCUAGAGGCCUCAGGUCGAUUAAGCAAGUAUCCAUUUGCAUCUUCACCGCGCUACACAGAUCAAUACGUCACAGACGUCCGCCGAGGCUUUAGAAGCUGCAGAAUGUUCAUAUUCUUCCCAUUCUAUUUUGUUUGCUGGGUUCAGAUUUGGAACAAUCUUAUCUCACAGGCCGGAGAAAUGGCGUUACACGGAACGCCAAACGAUCUCCUGCAAAACCUCGACCCGAUCGCCUUGUGUAUUUUUAUCCCACUUCUUGACUUGGGCGUGUACCCAGUCCUUCGCAAGUUUAAGAUCAACUUUAGCCCAGUCCGCCGGAUCUUCGCCGGCUUCCUUCUUGUCUCGAUCUCCAUGAUCUACUCCAGUGUGCUACAGCAUUACAUUUAUACAUCCCCAGCAAAGAGCAUACACGUAUGGAUUCAAGCUCCAGCGUAUAUCUUUGUCGCAUUCUCCGAAGCGUUCGUUAUUGUUACUGGCUUGGAACUUGCCUUCACACAUGCGCCGAAAAACCUGCGAUCUUUUAUCUCGGCACUAUUCUGGCUCAUGAUCGGCAUUGCGGCAGCGAUCUGCAUUGGCCUAAGCCCUGUGUCGCAAGAUCCGUAUAUUCUUUGGAUGUAUGCCUCUCUCGCAAUUGUGGGCUUUGUGGCGGGAUGUCUGUUUUACAUUUGCUUCAGAAACAGUGACUCCCUUGAUCCUAUUGACUCGGGACUCGUCGAAGGAGUUCCAGUUGAAGGAAGCGGGCAACAUGUUACACACGUUGCUGAUCAUGGUAAACACAGCGAAGUAUAG